CUCAAGUAAAAUUAAAAAGUAUCGUUAAUAAAAUGUACUUAAAGUAAAAGUUACUUAGUUACAUUUUUGUCAGCAUAAAGAUGGUUACAUCAGUGCAAAACCACAACACCAGUUCACAACACACUCGUGUGUGCAUGCACACACACACGGUUUGAUGGAAGGAUUUCUAUCCAAUCAGUGAGAACAGAGGACGUGCACAUUGAUUGGACAAGGUUUUUCUAAGAUUGUACGUUUCAAUUGUGAUUAAAAUUAUUCUUUAUUUUGAAAAAAAAGUUAAUUUUUAGAUGUAUGUGAGGUAUCUCAAUGUUCUCAUGACAAAACUCUAACAUGAGACUGUGCUCUAACCUGGCACAUAACAAGCUAAGUGAAAGUCCAACAUUUCAGAUGGACCGUAUGACAGCUGCUAACGUUGGCCCGGCCCUACUUUACCUCUACAUUACAGUUCCUUUAUCCAUGUUCAUCCUAGAGCUCCUCUCUGACCUUCAUGCUUAUUUAGAGCAGCUGAUUUUUAAAGUUAGCAGAGUUCAUCCUUGGUAGUGGGUUCACUCACUCAUUUAAAGAUAUCGGCCAGAGGUAAAAUUCGUUUGAACAGCAUUUGUAAAUGUGUAUUAAAACCUCAGAUGAAAAAGGUUUUUGAUUUUGACGGCUGGAAUUGUAAGAAAAUCUGAUGUUUGUGACCGGUGCGGGAAAACCAGAAACUAACUUCUGGUCUAAGCCCUGGGCAGCUGGUGACGUUUCACAUGGAGCUCUGCUGAAACAGCUGUAGUAAACAUUACCUGACUCCGGUGUUUCUGCGUUAGCGUUAUAGCAGAGAACAAUGUGUCAUCAAUCAGAUGUAGCUUCUGAAGCCUCCACUAGUCGGUCAGAUUUGUUUUUUCUCUGGGAUACGGCGAUGAGGACGGAUAUUGGAUUACCGGAGAAGUUCAACCAAACUCCGACCCUGCCAGCUGGAUAUCACUACCAGAGGUGCAGACAUGUUUUAGACCGUUUGACUCAGAAGACCUGUGACCUGAUUUGGACAUAGAGGAGGAUUCUGUUCAUCUUCAGAACCAAAAUCGGUACAGUUUGUUUAUUUUUCUUAAAUAUUUCAUUUCUGUGCUCCACUGGGAGCUCUAAGCUGACGAGUUUUCAGCUGGUCUUAGCUCUAUCAUGUGUCCCAAUAUAGUUCAGUAGUCUACAGUUUUACUGCUGUGUGUAUUUAUUGAUAUAACUCUGGAAAAUAUUUAACCAACAAUUUACCAGAAUAAAUCUUCCUGAUGCUGGAGUAACUCCUUAGCUCAACUCGUUGUUUGCACUAAUCCAGGAUGUCAUGGAGGUUCUAAUGUUGAAAUAUAGAGAUAAUCUUUUAGAUUAUAUCUGUGUGUGUGUGUGUGUGUGUGUGUGUGUGUGUGUGUGUGUAUGUGUGUGUGUGAGCCGUAGCUUUCCCAAAGGACUUGUUCUUUCCUUACUGGAGUGAACACGGUUAGCAGUAUUGCUGCAGUCAUGCUAACGGGACUCGUCCAGAAGUAGCGGUGCAGUUCUAGAUGGAUUUAUAGAUGUAGGUUAUUAUUUUAGAUCAGACCUGUUAUUUAAAAAUGCGUGUAGGACACAGACACAUGGCUCAGACCUUUUGCUGCAGCUGUAAACACAAUUUUACGUAAUAAUUAAAAGCAUGAAAGUAAAAAAUAACAGUGAUCCACAAUACUAGCAUCAGCAGCUAGCUUGUUUUACGUGCUGGAGUGACGUACGCGAAACAGUUCUUCACUGUCUGGAGGAGAGGAUUUGGAUUUUCUGUAAUGAUUCAUGACUAAAGUCCUUAACAAAAUAAAAAACUGGACCCAGUACAUGUUUAUAUAGAUGGUAAAGUGUAGUUAUUUAGCAUUUCUACAAUUUUAAUGCCGAGCCAAUACCUUUAACCCUUCACCACUGAAAUCAGUUUGUUCAUUCCAAUCCUCCUAAAUAAUCCUCUAAUCAUCCAACUGGAAUCCUUAAGGGUCCCGUAACGUCCAUCCUGUCAGAAUAGGCCGUGGGAGCCCAGGUGUUACUAGAACUAAUGGUGUCCCCUCACCAGCGUGAGCCUCCAAACUGUGAAGGUUGUUCUCCAAACAUGAACUUUAAAUUCAUGCAUUUAUCUCCUCUUGUAACACUUUAACAUGUACCUUGAAAUCCACUAUUUAACAAGCAGGUACACAAGUCUAAACACCUCUGAGAAGCCAAAAUGUACUUGCUCUAUAUCCUUUACUAUCUAUGAAUGCCUUGUUCUAUUUGCCUCUUGAUCAUCAGAAUGAUUCUCUAAAAGCAAUCCUGAACCAUGUUGAGGAAAUUCCCUGCUAACAUCAAACGCUACAUGUGCAGGCUUUACACCACAGGAUGGGUCACUCCAGCGGUGGUGAUCGUCCCUCUUCUUGCUCCAAAGAAAUACGGUAACAUUGUCAUUCAUGUUGAUGAUGGAUCUUCUGCAAACAUGUGAGGGGCUGCUUUCUUUUAUCAUUUACAAUUCAACAUCAUGCUUUUUAAUUCAUGUUUUGUUUAUAACUUCCAGGAGCUGGAUCCCUGAUUCUGCUAUCCAUUUAGGUUUGAACAUUGGUUUCUAUGCCAUUGUGUUCAUAUUCACUUCUGCCAUUUUUAGUAUGAAUGUGGUGCAGAUAGUUCGCUCUGAGUCCACAGCUGUAGAAGUUCAGGACAGCAGCCCCAUCAAGAAGAAGUUCUUGUCCAUUCUGGGUCUUUUCUGCCUCCUUGGCAUCUUCUGGGGUUUUGCGUUUUUUAGUUUUGGACCUCUGCUCAUUCCCUCCUUUCUACGUCUUCACCAUCCUCAACUCCUUUCAAGGUGAAACUGACAAAGUGUCCUCACAAGUCAUCGAAGAAAGAAAAUAUUCUCUCUUUCUGCAUAGGUUUUCUUCUGUUUAUUUACUACUACUCCAGCAAGGUCCCUCCAGAGGACAAGAAAGACUCACAGACCACCACCAGCAACAAACACACGGUCACAGAGAACCAUUAUAUGCCUGUUCUUUACAGAUAAAUCACUUUGGCUCAGGCAGAAACCCAAAACGAUCUAGCCACUGUCACUGUUUGAUAAACAAUACAAGUUUAGAAGAAAAUGUUAAUAAAGCCGUUUUAUUAAUCAUAUUGUUUCUUAAGACCUCCUAUAGGUAUUUACUGAGUGUAUUUGUUACCUCAGCUCGCAUAAACAGAAAUAAAUGUGGGUUUCAUGUCCUCGGGACACCCAGGGUUAUUUUGACACACAAAUGCAAAACUGUUGCUGUUAUGAGUUCAGCCUUUCACGACCUGUUCCAUAAUGCAAACUGUGGCUGCUAUCUUAGUUUGCAUUGCUCAGCUUUUGGGAAACGAGAACAACGUUGCAUUCAGUAAAGCUUAAAAUGGACUCUAAUGUAUUCAAAAGCUUUCUGUUGUAAAUACAAGUUUUUAAAUGUUAAAAUAUAUUUAUGUAUUUAUUUAUGAACUUUUAGGGAAUUCACUGAACAUUGCGGAGGUUUUGUGUUAAGUCUAUAAAUAGUUUAUUUUAUUUUUAAAGAAAGUUAUGUUUCCAUCCAACAAAACUGCGAUGUUUAUUCUUUAUUCUAAACAGCUGGUGGAUUUAAUAAAAUUAACGUUGACUGAGUUCUUAUUGGUGCUUCUUACAAAUUAAAAAGACAUUUGAUGUCAUUUAGACUGUUUUUUUUUUUGUAAGAUCAUGGUAAAUGGCCUGUAUUUGAUAUAGCACCUUCCUGGAACCCCCAAGGUGCUUUACAACACCCAUUCACACACACAUUCACACCCUGGUGGGGAUGAGCUCCGAUGUAGCCACAGCUGCUCUGGGGCGCACUGACAGAGGCGAGUCUGCCAAGCGCUGGUGCCACCGGUCCCUCCGACCACCACCAGCAUCAAAAAUUACAAAUUGUUGGGUCAGUCCCUGCAGUCUGAAAUAAUAAUAUUAAGCAAUAAUAUAAUUAUGAAUAAAUUUAACCACAAAUACAUUCCAGUUGCAGCCACAGCUGCACCUCUUCCCACAGGAAUGGGUAAAACAUGGAGAGGAAAUUUCCCCCGUGUGUGAUUACUAAUGACACUUUAAGUUUAACGUCAGAAAAUGUAUUUCAUAAACAUUCAGAUAACCGUAAAACUUGCAUCAAGGUGUAAUUUACGUUGCAGAGUCCUGAGUGGGGGCCGAGGAGACCAGCAGUCAUCGUGCCAGAGAAUACCUGCUAGAGACACAGGCAAUCCUAUGAAAGACACAUGUUUAAAUGUUUAGGAAUGAAAUAAAUAAGCAGGACAAAAAUAACUGAAACUGGACAUCUCUGGAACAGUUCAUUCAAAUUAUGACCAGAAAUAAAACCCUAUACCAGCUGCUUUAUAAACAAAAUACUGAAUGUGCUGGGAGCUGCAGACACGUUUGAUUUGCAAAUGAAGUCAGGCAGACAGAAUUUCUGUCACACUACAUAACGUGUGUGAUGCUGUUCAGGUGGACAAAGCGGAUUGUCUCCAUCAGACACCGUGCACGGCCACAUUUCAAAGUGGCAGUGUGAAAAUAUCUAUAUUCUUCAGUCGUGAUGGAAUAAAUUUCUCAUGUAAACCAUCUAAAUUCAAAUGAAUCAUGUCGCCUUUGGCAAGAAACCAUCACUGGAUUUUUGUUGUGGAAAUUCUGUUCUUUGGGAUUUUACUGCAGAAUCAUAUGUGUGAGACAGGUGAGUAGGAAAGUCUUACUGGGAACAGAGUGGUGCUGUUAGAUCUGAUGUUUGUCUCGUGUAUUUACCUGUUGCAGAUGCAAACGGAAGUCCCAUGCUCAAAAACAUGCUGUUCAUUACUAAUCAAACUCCACUGAACUCCACUUUCCCAUCAGAUGUUGUCUAUCACGACCAAAACAAAACUCAACUUUGUUUCAACAUCUCAUCUGAGCCAAGGAACACUGUCUGUUGCAGCAAAAAUUUCAACUGCAACGCCAAAAUAGAGCUGCUCAGAGAUAACGUCUACCACCUGACGCUGAACGAGACGACUCUAUCCAUGCACGACGUCGUAGUACUGCAGAAGGCAACUUUUACCAACUCCUGUUUACCGUCGCGGUUCUACAACUCAACGGGUCUCAUCCUACACCUUCUAGACUGCCUGAAAACUGGUGAAGGGAAUAUAAGACUGAGCCAGGAUGGGCUGUGCGGACAAAAUACAACCUACGAUGAAACGACUUGUAAAGAAUUGACCAACGCAGGAGAUCUCAGCCAUGUGAUCAAGUUGGACGGUCGAAAAAAAACAUGUGUAUUUUGUAAGUUACCAGGUUCAAAGCCGGAGGUGUCCUUGACUCUGAAUGCUAUGGACGCUCCUGUGAAACCCCAGGAAGCAACAAAUGUGAUGAAGAAACUCGGUUCGGUGUUAACAAUGAUGGGAAAUUCCAGCACAGCAGCCGUCAAAAUUGGAAACAUCACAGGGGUGGUGGCUAAGCUGCCACAGCUAAAUCCACCCAGCCUGAACUUUGGCUUUGCAGGAACUGGAGAUGUUAACAUUCUUGAAGAACAAACCACCCAGGUGGGAGGUUUCUUCAGAACGAUACAGAUUCCCAAAGAAGCCACUGAGAUGGCAGUAAAGAAAAACGGAUUAUACGCCGGGGUUCUGCUUUUUCCAAACCUUUCUCAGAAGGAUGGAUCCAGUAGCAGCAUUUUCAACAAUGAAAUCCUGGGAAUUGAAAUGGGAGCAGAAAUAUCCAAUCUCUCAGACACCAUAGACAUCCGCUACAGUUCUAUGAACACGAGUGGAUUCAGUGCUGUUUGCUCAUCAUGGAAUGGUAAAGGGAGUCCAAACUGGACCACAGACGGCUGCCAAACAGUGGAGGUCAAUGGCAGCAUCACUUGUCAGUGCACACAUCUUACGUUUUUUGCCAUUCUCAUGUCGCCCACACCUACAAAUAUAAGUGCUACCGUUUACAAAACCCUGACAAAGAUCACAGAGGCCGGCUGCGGGGUCUCAAUGUUCUUCCUGGGAGCGGGCCUCUUCAUGCAUUUUCUCAUCAGAAAAACAAAAUCCUCCAAUGCGACGACGAUCCUGAUCAAUCUCUUCAUCGCCCUUUUCGCCCUGAACUUUUGCUUUCUGAUCAACAAGACGAUCGCUGAUCUGAAAAAUGAUUCUGGGUGUGUGGCCAUGGCCGCGUUUCUGCACUACAGCAUGUUGGCCACUUUCACCUGGUUUUCCAUGCAGGCUUUACACCUGUACAUCAGUCUGCGGAAACUCUCUGCAAACACUAAACACUACAUUUACAAGAUUUGCAUCACAGGAUGGGUCACUCCAGCUGUGGUGAUCAUCGCUCUUCUUGCUGCAAAGAAAUAUGGAAACAUUGUCAUCCAGGUUGAUGAUGGAACUUCAGAAAACAUGUGCUGGAUCCCAGAUUCCUCUGUCCACGUAGGUCUAAACGUUGGCUACUACGCCAUUGUGUUCCUCUUCACUUUCUCCAUAUUCAGUAUAACCGUGAUGCAGAUUCUUCACUUUAAGUCAAAACCAGUACAAGAUCAGGAGAUCAGUGCAUCCAAAACAAAGUUUUUGUCCAUCCUGGGUCUUUUCUUCCUCCUGGGCAUCUCCUGGGCGUUUGCUUUUUUCAGUUACGGACCUCUGCUCAUUCCCUCCUUCUACAUCUUUACCAUCCUCAACUCCUUUCAAGGAUUUCUGCUGUUUAUCUACUACUACCACUCCACUAAGAUCACUCCAGAAGCUAACAGCGGCUCACGGACCGGCAGCAGCAGCACACCCACAGUCGCAGAGAACAUCUACACAGCAUCUUCUAAAUGAACAGGUCACUGUAAUCUGCCGAUAAUUUGCACUAAUGUAGUUAGAUUUGUUUUUGUUAGUGAAAACAUGAAAGAAAGAAAUUUACUCAAAAGAACACAUUAAGCCUUAAUGCUGAUCAUAAUCUUGAUCAAAAAUAUAAAAAUAUCAUCUCAGAGGGAUCAUUUUCUCUUAGCUUUCAUAUCCUCAUAAUUUCAACAGAAAAUGCAAUCAUAACACAAGAGGGCAGCACUUUACUUUAUUGGGCCUGACUAUCCAAAUAAACUCCCUUCUAGUUGACCAUGACUCUGCCCUAAAAUCUGGUUUAUCCCCCCGAAGAUGAGGAGAUGGAGUUGUCUCUCUCCUGGAAGUCAUUAGUGAGGAUGACUCCUUGCAUCAAAAGGAUCUCUGUUUGACUCAAUAGAAAACCUCCCAGCGGUGGAAUGCAAAGUGUAAAUGAUCAGUAGGAUGAAUAUGACCCUUUUACGACUGGUGAGUUUGUCACAUGGGAUGGUGAAUGUUAUAAAAAAAACUGUGUGCAGAGUUGGGGGCUGAUCUCACAUCGGUUAGCUGUUGCGUGCCUGUAGAUAAUUACCUUGAGCCUGCAGAGCAGCAUCUACCGGCUGACAAAAAUGAGCUCAUGGUUACCUGCAGGAACAACACGCCGGAGGGGACAAAACUCUCUUAAAUGCAACCAUUUGGAAGUGUACUCUUUAAUAAAAACAUGCAAAAUUAGAAUGUCAUGUGUGCAUUUUGCAUAUCACUUAUAAGGUUUGUAACAUAAUACAACUACUGCUGGCACAAAAGAAAACAGCUAAGUAAUUAAAUCUAUCCUAAAAGUUAAUUAUUUAUAUUUUAGAAGAUUUUUGAUGUCUAAAAUAGUUUAAAUGCUAUUUAUAAUUAACUUAGUUCUUUAUAUGUUUUAUAUAUUUUUUUAUUAUUUUCUAAUGCAUCAUUUGAAUGUUGAUGUGUAAAAUUUCAGAUGACUUAAACAAAUCUGAAAAUUUUCUAAUUGAUUUAAGCUAUUAACCACAUGUUGGAAGUUCCUUAUCAUACAUUGAUAGAGUGCCUUGUACCACUUUUUGUACAAAACAUUUGGUUUUUGAUCUCAUUGCGUUAUAAAGGAACGUGGCUUUAGUUAAAAUCCUCAUUCUCUGUCGUGGCUGCCUUCAGACUGAACAAGCUAAAACUCCUAACAGAUUCAAUCUUACAUUUCCCUCAUACAUAUUCAUGUGUAUUUUAACAAUAAGUUUUAAGUUUAGAUAGUCAUCUUAUUAGUUUUAUUUGUGCAAUUUGAUGUUAUCAAAGAAUGAUGUGAUUUUUGUACAUGGGGGGGGGGGGGACAAUAUUUGUGAAAAUGUGUGAAAUCUAUUAAAAUGAAAUGUUUGUGUCUGCAGAAAACUAAUGUAAUAAAGUUUACGGUGCGCGUC